AUGCCUGCCAUCCGUCAUGCUUCUAAGCGGAAGCCCCCGCCUGAAGGCUUCAGCGACAUCGAGGAGGACCUGCUCAUCUUUUCCAACAAGAUGAAGGACGCGCAAAACAAGACCGCUCCCUCGGGGCCCAAGCACCAGUCGCAGUGGGAGGUGUUCCAGAUCUCUCACCAGAGGAGCCGGUACAUCUACGACCUAUACUACGAAAAGGAGGCCAUCAGUAAGCAGCUGUAUGACUGGCUACUAAAGAAUGGCUACGCCGACGCCAUGCUCAUUGCUAAGUGGAAGAAGCAAGGGUAUGAAAAGCUAUGCUGCCUACGAUGUAUCCAGACAAAAGAGACCAAUUUCAAUAGCACGUGCGUCUGCCGAGUUCCUCGAGCCGAGAUGAAGGAAGACCGGGAUAUACAAUGCGUCAGCUGUGGAUGUAGAGGAUGUGCCUCGACGGACUAG